AUGACUGUAGAGGAUACAGAGGCUGCACCUGGUGUAGUGAUAGAGAAAUCUGAUGAAGAACAAAAUAAGGGGGAAAUCAGCGAAGAAGAGGAUGAUGACGAUGACGAUGACGAUGACGAUGAAAGUGACGAUGAGAAUGAUGGAGAUGACUCUGAUUCUGAAGGCGAUGAUGAGGAUCCAGGAGGAUAUUCUGUGUAUGCUAUUCAGUCGGCACUCAUAAUCCACAUGAAAGGGGAAGAUCCGAUGUCAGAUUCAGAGGAUAUUGAAGGCUAUGAGAUCAUUUUUGAGGGUGAAGUAAACCCUAUAGCAGAGCACAUGAGUAGCAUCUAUGAGCAUUUGGUUAAGAUAAAACUUGAGGUUGAUGGAAUUGACCGAAUGUUAGGUGAAGUGGGCAUCAGUGAAUAA